UUUCGGCCCCAGCCCGCAGCCGCAAGCCACACGCACACCACACCGUCUUCGAAAUUUUAUUUUUGGAGUUUCUUUUUGGUUAUGUAAUGUUGACAAAAGUUAGUCGCAAUUUUUUUCACAAAAUUGUAAAAAUGAAAUUACUUUCACAGAAUGAAGCUACUGAAAUUGAUCUUAAAUUAUUUAAUGAUUAUAAAUUUAGCGUGGAUCAGUUAAUGGAGCUUGCUGGUCUCUCCUGCGCUCAUUCCAUUGCAAAAUGCUAUAGCAUUGAUAAACUUAAAAAUCCAAAUGUACUGAUAUGUGUUGGGCCAGGAAAUAACGGAGGAGAUGGUCUGGUCUGCGCUCGGCAUUUAGCUCUAAUGGGGUACAAUCCAGUUAUUUACCACCCAAAACAGACGGACAAUAUGCUGUAUAAAAAUUUAACUCAUCAAUGCCUAAAAAUGGAUAUAGAAUUUGUUGAGAAUGCACCAUCGAUUGCUGAGAUUGACAAUACUUUCUCAUUAGUUGUUGAUGCACUUUUUGGAUUCAGUUUUAAGCCACCGGUACGACCAUUGUUUGAUGACAUCAUGAAGUCUCUUAUUGAGACUAACACUCCUAUUGCCAGCAUUGAUAUACCAAGUGGAUGGCACGUUGAAAACGGUCCUUUGGACGAAAUGGCAAUUAAUCCUGACUUGCUUAUAUCCCUGACGGCUCCUAAACUCUGUUCAAAGUACUUUAAGGGACAAUUUCAUUACUUAGGUGGGAGAUUUAUUCCUCUAUCUUUACAAAAAGAAUAUAAUUUAAACUUGCCAGAUUAUCUUGGAACAGAGUGUUGUGUAAAGCUAUGAAAUAAAAUAUCUAAAUUGAGGUUUGGAUGCUAAAAA